AUGGCCGGAGAAUUCCAUCUGAUUAUUCUUGGAGCUAUCUUGUCCUUUUCCAUCAGGCUUUGCCGGCUACGGGCUCAGCGCACUCACCCAUUAUUCGAGCACGAGACGAAGUCACUCACGGACGCCACACUGCACAAGCUCCUUCAGGAAACCGAUAAAUGCACGGUAGUCCGCAGUUCCUACCCUGACCCUUACUUCCACGAGAACGAUUCGACAUCCAUUUUCUGGUCGCAGUACCAAGGCAAAACCUGCAUGCCCACCGAGGACCCCACAAGCGGCAAUUGCACUUGCGGAGGCUAUCCUGUAUACGCCGUGAUGUCAGGAAUGUUGGCAGAUCCAGCUGGCUUCAUCAAAAACACUGGAAACUGUUAUUUGGGCAAGAGCAGCGGCGCCGGUGCGUUAAGAAUCUGGACGUACAAUCUGAAACACCUCAAGCACUCCGCGGGAGUGACUAUAAGGGAAACAGUCGGAUAUAUAGGCGGCUACGUAGCCGGGGGAGAGCACACAACUCUCUCCGGGCUGUACGACAUGACCGCCGAACACGUCAUGGUGCUCGAGGUCGUGACGGCAGAUGGGCGCUUCGUUACCGCAUCUCCCAAGUCCAACCCCGACCUCUACUGGGCGAUGCGCGGCGGCGGUGGCAGAACCGUUGCCGUUGUGACGUUCAUUACCAUCCGCGUCUACCCCGAACUUCCUGUCGUGACGUCCACCUUGAUAAUCAGCACUUCCGCCACCGUCACCGCCGACGCUUCUAGCAGGCCAUACGCUCACCUACACCGCCCUAACUCCUACACGUUCACCAUGCACUCCGUCUUCGCGCCCAACUACACCCUCUCCUCCUUUCACGCCCUUACCAAACCAUUCUUCGAGCGCCUUAAGGAACUCAACAACCUCCUACCCCCCGACGCCACCCUCCACCUAGCCUUCUACCCGGCCUACAACGCUACCUGGGGCAGCGACAGACUGUUUAGCAGCACCGGCCGCGUCAGCGUGCCCAGCAACCAGCUGCUCCAGCGCGCCAACUGGGCCGACCCGGCCAAAUUCAACGCCACGUUCGUUGUGAUCCGCACAUACGUCGAGACGAGUCGCCUGUUGAUGGGCUAUCACCAGGCGCCGUGCAACCGUGCACAUGCCGACAACGCGGUCAACUCAGCCUGGCGCGAGGCUGGUGCGGACGCGGAUAACCCAACUGCGGCGGACUUGAAGGCGGCAUCGGAGGAUUUGCGGAGGAAUAUGAUUGCACGGUCCAGGGAAAGGGCGCCGGAGAGUGAGGGGGGCGGGGCGUAUUUGAAUGAGGCGAAUACGGACGAGCCGGAGUGGCAGAGCACGUUCUAUGGGAUGCAGUAUAAGAGGGAGGUGUUCUAUGCCACGACGGCGGUUGGGAGGGAGGGGUGGGGGGUGAGGGAUGGCGAGCAGGGGGUGCAGAGGCAGAACGGGCGGUUAUGUCGGGUUUGA